AGCUGCGCCAUAACUAUCGCACAUGACGAUAUAAGCCUUAUACACGGAACUGCUUUCACAGACAACAAGACACCGAAAGGGAGUUCACAGCUGAUCAGGCAGACCUUUAACAUUUUAACUGCGCAACAAACCGAAGAGGUGGAAAAAAGCGACCAUGUCUAUGACCGUCAAAGCCUAUCUUCUUGGGAAAGAAGAUUCACCGAAAGAAAUCCGGCGUUUUGCUGUCGACCAGGAUGUGUCAACGAGUUUUGAGUAUCUUAACAGAAAGGUGGUUGAAGUAUUUUCCAACCUGCGCAAUAUUGCGUUCCAAAUGUUCUACAAAGAUGAGGACGGGGACAUGAUAGCCUUCUCCACAGAUGACGAGCUCAUGAUGGGGCUCACCUGCAUCAAGGACGACACCUUUCGCCUCUUCAUUAAAGAGAGGAAGGAGCAUCGACGUGACUUCCCCCUCCACGCCUUCCCCGGGGGUGUCCCCCCUUUCCCCUUCCCCCCUCCUCCCGGGGGUCCCCACGGCCACCCACAUGGCCCCCCGCCCCCUCACGGGCCCCCCGUGGUGCACCCCAACGUGACGUGUGACGGCUGUGAGGGCCAGGUGUCCGGGACCCGCUUCAAGUGUACGGUGUGCCCCGACUACGACCUGUGUUCCCCCUGCCAGGCCAAGGGCCUGCACAAGGAGCACGCUCUGCUGCCCAUCUGGCACCCCUUCAACAUGUUUGAGUGGUUCCCUCGGGGGAAGUGGAUGAGGAAAAUGAGGCACUGUGGCAUGUGGGCCGCUGCCCAGCAGAACCAGGCCCAGCCUGGACCCUCUGGAACCCAGCCUGGACCCUCUGGAACCCAGCCUGGACCCUCUGGAACCCAGCCUGGACCGAGUGAAACCCAGGCCCCUUCUCAGACAGACCAGACUGCUGCUGAGGACGGCCAGGCUCCCUCUGGCCUGUCUGCAGCCUCCCUGGUCCAGGCCAACGUUGACUUCCUGAAGAACAUAGGCGAGGGCGUGGCUGCCAUGCUCAGUCCCCUGGGCAUCGACGUGGACAUCGACGUGGAGCACGAGGGCCGCAGGACCAAGGUGACCCCUCCAGCGUCCGGAGGGCCCCCUAGUGCCAGGAGCGAUGCAGGGGCAGGGGGACCUGGGAGCACCGGGGGCACAGAUGGUGACAUGGAGGUGGACCAUCUAUGCACUGACGCGGGUCCAAGCAACGGGGCUAAGGGCGGCAGGGACACGACCAUGGACGAGGAGUGGACUCACCUCAGCUCCAAGGAGGUGGACCCCUCCACAGGGGAACUGCAGUCCCUCAGGCUGGGAGAGGAGGGCCCCCUGGAGGGCCCCCUGGAGGCCCCGGGGCCCCUCUCCCCCUCCCCGACCCAGGGCCCCACAGGCCUGCGCGAGGCCGCGGUCUACCCCCACCUCCCUCAAGAUGCAGACCCCCGCCUGGUGGAGUCCCUGUCCCAGAUGCUGUCCAUGGGCUUCACAGACGAGGGAGGCUGGCUCACCCGGCUGCUCCACACCAAGAACUUUGACAUCGGCUCCGCCCUGGACACCAUCCACUACUCCAAACCCCCCCCCGCCCAGCCCAAGUAGGGCACCAGCAGGCUCCAGCAUCAUCACCCUGCCUCCCCAAGCCCCUCCCAUCAUCACCCUGCCUCCCCAAGCCCCUCCCAUCAUCACCCUGCCUCCCCAAGCCCCUCCCAUCAUCACCCUGCCUUCCCAAGCCCCUCCCAUCAUCACCCUGCCUCCCCAAGCCCCUCCCAUCAUCACCCUGCCUCCCCAAGCCCCUCCCAUCAUCACCCUGCCUUCCCAAGCCCCUCCCAUCAUCACCCUGCCUUCCCAAGCCCCUCCCAUCAUCACCCUGCCUUCCCAAGCCCCUCCCAUCAUCACCCUGCCUUCCCAAGCCCCUCCCAUCAUCACCCUGCCUUCCCAAGCCCCUCCCAUCAUCACCCUGCCUCCCCAAGCCCCUCCCAGCCUCCACACUGGCCAUGUCUAUUACUCUAAUAAUCGUAGUUUGUUAUAUUGACAUAACUUUGAAUCAGUUGUUUGCUAUAUGGUUGUAUUAACAUUGCUUAGCACAGUAUUUGAUCUGCUAUUCAUACUGACAACCAUUAUUACUAUUAACCAUUAUUACCAUGUUUCUGCAUCUACUUUCUGAUAUGUAAUGGUAGAAGAGGUUUUAUUUAACAACAUAUUUAGAUUAUUAUGAAUUGGAUUUGAAAGAGAAAACAAACUAUAUGCUACUCAUUACUAAUGGUGAAUCUGUUAAAGCGUCCUCAAUGCAAGUUAAUAUUAGUUAUUAUUGUAACCUUACAACAUUUAUCCAGAGUAUUUCUUGCCAGAUGUGAUGUUCUGUCCAUUCAGAGGAACCGGGUGAAGGGAUGAUAACUAUGACUGUCUAACACUGAAGUUAUUUCUGCUGUUUCGACACAAUAAAACACUUCAGCAAAAGAAA